AUGAGGAGUCCAGCCGAUAAAGAGCAAGAGACUAUUCAACCAAAAGAAACCUUAUACUUAAGACUCUUAAGCCUCUCGGAAGGACCAGACGAUGAGAUAUCGGGCAUCUUAUUUGACUUAAACGAGCUAUUAUACGCAAAGCCCGAUAAUGAGAUUACGGCCCGAGCUAUAGAAAUAAAAGAGCAACAAGCAACACUUUUAGGCCUCGAUUCAAAGUGGACCGCCGAAAACCUUACGGACGACGAGGAUAAUACGCCUCAACCACCUUUACUACCUUUACGAAGUCUAAAAGGGAAGGAAAAGGAAGAAAGGGAGGAGAUUCGGAGGUUACGCGAAGAGUUUGCGAAGGAAAGGAAGGAUAUAGAGCAAAAUAUAAAAAUUUCCGUGCCCAACUUUAAUAACCCGAAAAGGGAAUUCAGCAACCCGAAGGAAGGAUUUAGCACUUUCGGACGUAUCGACAAGCUACCUAUAUCUUUUAAGAGGCCACGUAUUAGCAAGAGAGAAACUAAGGGUAUAAGAAUCGCUAAGAGCGCGCCCAAGGGUACGGAUAUUAUUAAGUUGGAGCCUCAGCCGCAAGAAGAUCGAGGCUACGGGUACGGAGGAAUUAGAAAUGGGCCCUCUAGAUCACUAAGGGGAUUCGGAAACGGACCCUUAAAGGACUCCGGAUUCGGAAAUGAGCCUCUUAAGGACCUUGAAAGAGGACGGACUACCGGCAAUUAUAUCGGUAACCCUUUACCGAUCAGACUAUUGGUCAGGCAUAGUACGCUUGCGUACGGCACUCCAAGCGCCUUUAACGACGAUAGCGAUGACUUCCUUGAGCUAAGAGCAGCAGACCCUUAUUUAAAAGCGAAGGAGUUAGCUUUGUUUGCAAAAAGCUUUCUUAAAGAGCUAAACGAGUGCUUUAAGAAGCUCGCUAAAAAGCUUAAAGGCAUUCAAGGCUUUUUACGACCAGGUUUGAGGGACGAUCGAAGUCUUGCUAACAAGUUGUAUUUAGCUUAUAAAAACGUGCUAAAGACUACGAUUGCACGAAUGAACCCUGCGUUUACCUUUACCGCCGCAAUUGCCGACAUCCGCCGAGCAAUUGCAUUUCUGACUCCGAUUUGGACGAAGAAUACGAAUGCUUUAUUUAAGACCGCUAAUACUUCGGAGGUAAGAAAGCUGCCAAGGCUACUAAAGGUGAAAAAAGGUGUUUUGUUUGCAAAAAGCCAGGCUGCUAGAGCACCAACCACACCCCCGACGAGAGAAAGGCAUCCGUCGCUAAAAGAAUUCGAUCAGUUUAUCGCAGGCCUAUUAGACGAGCCGCUCGAAUCGAGCAGCUACGCUAAUAUAUUAAAAGGUUUUAUGACUACCUACGGCACUUUUAACGCUAACGAAGUAUACAAGCAACUAGAGAUUCAAACGGCAUUCUACGCCUUUACUAGCCAAAUCGAGACCCAAAACGUGCCUACGGGCAAAGCAGAGACUUAUAUAGCCUUUAACAUCGAGGGCGAGACCGUCUACUGCUACCUUACGGAAGAGCAAUUAAGGAUUAUCUAUAAGCGUUUUGGCUAUCCUUUAGCAAGUCGAUUUGCUGCUGUUCUUAAGAAGGCCGAGCACGAAUUCAAACGGGAUUUGCUUUAUAAUAUUUAA